AUGUCUGCUUCAUCUCGUAUCCCUGUUAUUGCUCAGCCCUUUGUCAGCGAUCGAGCUAAGAAGACCCUCGACUUAAUCGAGGAGUUCGUCGAGAAGGAAUGUAUCCCUGCUGAGGGCGUUUUCUCCGCUCAACUUGGUGAGGGUGAGAAGCGAUGGAAGACCAACCCACCGGUCGUGGAGAGUCUGAAGGAGAAGGCCAAGAAGCUAGGGCUAUGGAACUUGUUCCUGGCCAAGGCCCAUUACAGUCAAGGUGCUGGCUUUACAAACCUAGAGUACGGCCUGAUGGCCGAGAUCCUUGGGAAGAGCAAGCUUGGCCCAGAGGCAACCAACACUGCGGCCCCCGAUACCGGUAACAUGGAAGUCCUGGCCAAGUAUGGCAAUGAUGCCCAGCAGCGCGAAUGGCUCACCCCUCUGCUUGAGGGCAAGAUCCGGUCUGCAUUCCUAAUGACCGAGCCCGAUAUUGCCUCCAGCGAUGCUACGAAUAUCGCGCUGAGCAUUCGCCGUGAAGGCAACGAAUAUGUCCUGAACGGAUCCAAAUGGUGGGCCUCCGGCGCUGGCGAUCCCCGCUGCAGCAUCUACAUCGUCAUGGGCAAGACCGACCCCACAAACAGUGACCCCUACAAGCAGCAGUCCGUGGUGCUCGUCCCCGCCGGCCUCCCUGGCAUCACCGUGCACCGCAUGAUGCAUGUCUACGGGUACGACGACGCCCCGCACGGCCACGGCCACAUCAGCUUCAAGAACGUGCGGGUCCCGGUCGCAAACAUCGUGCUCGGCGAAGGCCGCGGCUUUGAGAUCAUCCAGGGCCGACUCGGCCCCGGCCGCAUCCACCACUGCAUGCGCAGCAUCGGCGCCGCCGAGAAGGCUCUGGAGUGGCUGAUCGCGCGCAUCAACGACGAGAACAAGAAGACCUUCGGCCAGCCGCUCGCCUCGCACGGCGUGAUCCUCGAGUGGAUCGCAAAGAGCCGCAUCGAGGUCGAUGCCGCGCGCUUGGUGGUCCUGAACGCUGCGAUCAAGAUCGACCAGGGCGAUGCCCGCGCUGCGCUGCGCGAGAUCGCGGAGGCGAAGGUGCUCGUUCCGCAGACGGUGCUGACCAUUAUUGACCGUGCGGUGCAGGCCUAUGGGGCUGCGGGUGUUUGCCAGGAUACGCCACUGGCGUAUUUGUGGGCGGGCAUCCGGACGUUGCGCAUUGCGGAUGGGCCGGACGAGGUGCAUCUGCAGCAGCUGGGACGUAGGGAGAAUAAGUCACGUAAGGAUGCUGUGGCUGCGAAGCUGAAGUUCCAGAUUGAGGAGACGGAUCGCUUGCUUACUGCCGCGGGUUUCAAGGCUAAGGCCCAUUUGUAA